UUUCUCUUUUGUUUUUAUUUUAAAUCCUUAAUUUAAUUAUCCCACAUGCUAAUCUCAAAUCCUUACACUACACAUACAUUUCUUUGCUUCACGCACACUUCUGUCUCUCUUUCUCCCCCAGAUCAGAUUAAUUAAACCCAUGUUUUUUUUUUGUUGGUCUAAAUAAUAAUCGAUUUGGGUUGUUGCAGAGAAAUCAAGAACCGGCGUUUUCUGCUUGUCCCUUUUCACCCAUCAGAAUAAUAAAGAUUAAAGAUACAGUCUUUCCAUAUUUCAAAAUCUCUCUCUCUCUCUCUAUACUCUCUUUCUCUAACUACUGUUUUAUUUCCUUAAAGGGUGUGUCUUGAAUUUCUGGUUCGUUCUUCUUUCUGUUUAUUAUUCGUUUUUUUUCUCCGCUAUGGCAGAGAACUGCUUUCUUGAUCUUGAGGUUGAUGUCAAUGGCGAACAGGUUUUCUUCCUUAAUAAGGGAGUUUUAUCUUCUUAUUCGGAAAAAAUAAGCAAAUUAGUAACUAGAUCGAAAGGCGUAAACCAACGUUUAAAGGUGAUAUUCAACGAUUUUCCAGGUGGAGCAUCGAAUUUCGAGCUCGUCGCAAGAUUCUGCUACAACAAUGGAAAAGUCAACAUAGAUCCUACUAACAUAUCCAACCUUAAUUGUGCUGCGCAUUUCAUGGAAAUGAACAAACCCUUCUCCAAGAACGAAAAUCUUUUCGAGAAAACGGAGAAAUCAUUGGACGAGAUUCGAUACUGGACUUGGUCCGAUCUUCUAACUGCUUUAAAGCAGUGCCAAGAUCUAACGGCUAAUAAUAGUAGCUCUUCGAAUAUACUCGACAAGUUCUUGGAUUCUCUCAUCGCAAGAAUCGCCUCGUCUUGCCAAGCAAGCCCUUGCCCGUCUAUUUCCUCCUCGGAAUGUUCCGGAACAUUCCGACUGUCGUGCGAUACCAGAAGCACCGAGAGCUUAAAGAACACUUCUAUAUACAGACUCACGUGGUGGUUCGAAGAUCUCAGCAUCUUAGACACGGGUUCGAUUCGAAUGCUCGUAAAGUUGAUGGUAUCGAGAAAUUUCGAGAACGGAAUCAUUAGUAGAUUCCUAUUUCACUACCAAAAAUCAAGAUUCGCUUCCGCCUCGGUUCUUGAAAAAACCAAAAUCGUCGAAACAGUUAUCGACAUGCUCGAUUCUUUGGAUAUAAGGUCUAUAUCCUACAAGGGCCUUUUCGUAAUAUUGAGCAUUGCAAUAAAUACAAAGGUGGGCCCGCAAUGCAUGGAGAAGUUAGAGAUUAUGAUUGGUUCGCAGUUGGAUCGAGCGAACUUAGAUGAUUUGCUUUUCCCAUCUUCUGCGAGGCGGAGUUACUUGUACGACGUGAAUUUGGUUCUUCGAUUCUUGAAGGCGUUUCUUGGCAAAGGUGUUUGUUGUGUGCCUUUGAGUAGGCUCAAGAAAGUCGGUAGCUUGAUGGAUUUGUAUCUUGCUGAGGUGGCGCCCGAUCCUCACUUGAAACCGUCGAAGUUUUUGGCCCUAAUGACGGCCCUACCCGAUUCGGCUAGAGAUUCUUGUGACGGAAUAUACCAUGCCGUCGAUUUGUAUCUAGAGGUUCACUCAAGGUUGUCCGAAGAACAAAAGACGAAAAUCUGUCUAGGGAUAAACUACGAGAAUCUCUCUUCCGAAGCAUUUAACCACCUCGCGAAAAACCCGAAAUUCCCGUCGAAAUCAGCCAUCCAAGCCCUCGUUUCUCAGCAUCGAAAACUAAAAGGCCUGCUUCAAAAUACCGACGAAGAAAAACAAGAAGAAGAAGCCCUCUUCACCGAUUCGCCUUCGAAUUUACCACACGAGAAAAAGACGAAAGACGAGGGAUCGAAGCAAAUCGUGCUAUACGCAAAGAGACUAAUGAUCACCGACGAAAACGAGAAGAUGAAAACACACCUACAAGGCAUGCAGUGGAGGGUGGUGGAGCUGGAAACUAUAUGCAGGAAAAUGCAGCUGCAGAUGGCGAAGAUGAUGAAAUCGAGAAUGUCGGGGCAUAAUGGUAAUUCUGCGAAAUCUGUUCCUAGGCUUUGUUCAUAGAGCAAUGAGGGUAGAGAAUUUUUUUUUUUUUACAUAUGUGUUGGUUACUUUGUACAUAGCCAUGCAAAUUAAACAUGUCUGGAAAAGUAAGUUGUCUUUAUUAGUUUAUUAUUAUAUUCUCUUCUUGAUAAAGAAAAAAAGAAAAAAAGAAAAAAAGAAAAACAGAGAAUGAAGCAGCUUUGGCUGUAACAACAGUGUGAGCAAAAAGAACUAUGUCUGAAAAUGUUUUGUAAGGGUUAGGUCUCUUUCCUGAGAGAGAGAGAGAGAGAGAGA